CUCAUAUGGGUGUCAUGGGUUUGACUCCCCCUUCGCCCGUGCGCGGUGUCUCAGGGACGCGAUAAACUAUCGCUGCGUAUCCAGAUCAAAUCAUUCCUGAUCGCUUUUGAUCGUGACGUUGGAUAUAUUAAUUGUUACUGGCGUAACGUCGUUAUUAGAACGAUGACUCGUGCAGCUGCGCGCGUUCCCAGGCAACCCCCGUCAUGAACGCGCACUGAACGCGCUCACUCGCUCCGUUUUCAUUUCUUCUAUUAGAGCCGGUCAACAUUAUUGACUAUGGAAAGCUGAGCGUCGUUCAUUCAUACACCGAAAACAGCAACUCAAAGGUCAUUCAGAGUAGCCGGAAAACGAAAGGAUUUUAUUGGCACCACAUUCGUGGUUCUCGACAAGGCCUAGGCCAUGGGCGGAACCAAGAGUAAACCCAAAGAGCUCGGCCAGCGCUCCCAGAGUCUGGACGAUGGCACCGGAGGACACCAUCGCAGUCCCAACCAGUCGGCCUUCACGCCCAACCGGAGUCCGCCGGUGGACGGUACCAGACGUGACACCCAGCCUAACAUCAUCAACGCGGAGCAGGCGCUGUUUGGAGGAGUAAACUCGACCAACAGCAUCACGUCUCCUCACAGGGUCGGCACGCUUUCCGGCGGCGUGACAACGUUUGUGGCUUUGUAUGACUACGAGUCACGAACCGCCUCCGAUUUGUCAUUCAGGAAAGGAGAACGACUCCAGAUUGUCAAUAACACGAGAAAGUUGAACCCCAGGGAGGGCGACUGGUGGCUGGCUCGCUCGCUGACGACAGGAGAGAGCGGAUACAUUCCCAGCAAUUACGUGGCACCGUCUGAUUCCAUCCAGGCUGAAGAAUGGUACUUUGGAAAGAUCACACGCAGGGACUCUGAGCGGCUCCUAUUGAGUCUGGAAAACAGGAGAGGAACUUUCCUGGUCAGAGAGAGUGAGACAACCAAAGGUGCCUACUGUCUUUCUGUCCUGGAUUACGAUAACGUCAAGGGCCUAAAUGUCAAACAUUACAAGAUCAGGAAGCUGGACAGCGGGGGAUUUUACAUCACGUCGCGCACACAGUUCAGUACUUUACAGCAGCUGGUCAACCAUUACCGCCAGCACGCAGACGGCCUGUGUCACUGUCUGACUGAUGUGUGUCCCGUGCUGAAGCCUCAGACUCAAGGCCUGGCGCGGGACGCCUGGGAAAUCCCACGAGACUCUCUGAGACUGGACGUCAAACUGGGCCAGGGCUGCUUCGGAGAGGUCUGGAUGGGCACUUGGAACGGCACGACACGUGUGGCCAUCAAGACACUGAAACCUGGCACUAUGUCUCCUGAGGCCUUCCUGCAGGAAGCGCAGGUGAUGAAGAAACUCCGGCACGAGAAGCUGGUGCAGCUUUACGCUGUCGUCUCGGAGGAGCCCAUUUACAUCGUCACUGAGUACAUGGGACAAGGAAGUCUGUUGGAUUUCCUGAAGGGUGACAUGGGGAAAAUGCUGCGGUUGCCUCAGCUUGUGGAUAUGGCCUCUCAGAUCGCCUCUGGAAUGGCGUACGUGGAAAGAAUGAACUAUGUGCACAGGGACCUCAGGGCUGCCAACAUCCUGGUGGGUGAUAACCUGGUGUGUAAAGUCGCUGACUUCGGCCUUGCUCGACUCAUAGAGGACAACGAAUACACGGCCAGACAGGGAGCCAAGUUUCCCAUCAAGUGGACUGCGCCAGAGGCGGCGCUUUAUGGCCGCUUCACCAUCAAAUCUGACGUGUGGUCGUUUGGGGUCUUAUUGACUGAGCUGACGACCAAAGGCAGGGUGCCUUAUCCAGGUAUGGUGAACCGGGAGGUCCUGGACCAGGUGGAGCGCGGCUACCGGAUGCCCUGUCCCGCCGAGUGCCCGGAAUCCCUUCACGAGCUGAUGCUGACCUGCUGGCGCAAAGAACCUGAAGAACGGCCCACCUUCGAAUACCUCCAGGGCUUCCUGGAAGACUACUUCACCUCUACCGAACCACAGUACCAGCCGGGAGAAAACCUCUAGAGAUGCAGAUCCAGUCACGGAAAAACGAACACGGGAUAUUGAUCCACACUGAGCAUCCAGCUGAAUUUACUGGGUUUUCAAAAGGUCUCAGUGUUACAGCAUCACCCUCUGUAAUUAUAAUCGCAUGUUUUUCCACUGAGCUGCAAACCGAUACGUCUUUUCUCCAUCACUCGCAAAGAAAAUUCAAUAACAAAUGGCUUCUGUCGGCCGUUCAGCUUGCUGUUUCUGCUGAUAAUUGUUGCGAGGCUUUUUUUCUGGAGCUCUGUGGAUUGAUCCCUAGCUGUUUUUCUUGACCUCGAUGUACCGCCGCUUCUCUCCUAAACCCUUUUAGCGGAUGCUCCAGAUCUGUCAUUCAUCCUCCUCCCACAAUCCCUCACUUCGAUCCUCUCCCAUCCCCCCUUCACACCCCCAAAGCAUCAGCUCCGUCAGCUCUGGUGUUCGUCAUGAACCCUGCGACCCGUUCGCAAGCUCAGAUGGACGAGAUUCGAUCGUGUCAGCACCUCUGCGCGUGUUGGGAGACAUCUGCGUUUGCGGCUCUCUCGCGACGAACGGACGUCGCCGUUAAUGUCUUCCAAUAGAAAUCCAGGGUCUGUGGUAUUUUAUGCCUUUUAAUGGUAGAAAUGAGCUUUUUGUCCCGCUAUGUCUGUUUGUAUCAACCUGGAUCAACUGGAAUAAGAACGUGAUUGGUUAAACACCGGUCACAUGAUUGGAAAUGAAACAUUCUUCCUUUUGAUACGGACUCGAGUUAGAGAAUCGUUCAGAAUGUGGUUUUAUUUGAUACAGUUAUUCUACUCUUCUAGUAUUCAAAACUACUGAUAUAUAGCGUUGUUUUUGUUUAAAACAGAUAUGACUGUAUAGUCCUACUUUGUGUGCCAAUACAAAGGAAAAAAACGAAUUUUGUACUGUUUUAUUAUGUAUAAAAUGUAUUUUUAUUAAUGUUGUUUUUGUAUCAAGGAGGACGAGCAGGCUUUGUAAUUAGAAUUUAAAAUAACAGUUCACCGAAAAAUUAAAAUUGGUCAUUUUCUAACCCUCAUGACGUGUAAAACGCAAACUGAGACGUUCAGAUGAAUGUUCAUGCUGCUCUUUUCCAUAUAUAACACUUUUAAAUUUAUUGCAUGAGGAAAAACAUCUGUUAAAUGUCUCCUUUUUGUAUCCCAUGGGACAAAUAACAGCAUAAACGCUAGGAACGACAUGAGGGUGAGUGAAUUAUGACUCAAUUUAAAUUUUUACACUGCAAACUUUGAUUUUCUUUCUUAGUAUUUUUGUCUUGUUUUCCAAUUACAAAUAUCUUAACAUUUAUAAAUCAAGAUACAUUUACUUUGAGAAGCAAAAUUAUAUUAGUUAAACCUGUUCUCUGAAAUUAAGCAACUUUACGUUUAAAACAAAUAUGUCUGGCAACCCAUAAAAUUAGGUAUUUUUCUUACCCUACUGUCCUUUUUGUAUCCCAUGGGAAAAAUAACAACAUAAAUGUUUGAAACGACAUGAGGGUGAGUGAAUUAUGAUGCAAUUUAAAUUUUUACACUGCAAAAACAAAAUGUUUUCUUCCUUAGUAUUUUGAUCUUGUUUUCCCAUUACAAUCAAGAAACAUUUACUUUAAGAAGCAAAUGAUAUAAGAUAGUCCUGUUUUCUGAAACUGACUCUACGUUUAAAACAAGAAAAAUAUCUGGCAACCCAAAAAAUGAAAAAAGUUUUUUUUCUUAAUCAAUUGUCAUAUUUUUUUUCUUGUUUUAAACGUGAACUUUUAAGUUUUGAUUAAUUUUUUUUAGUAUUUUUUUCUUGUUUUACCAAUAUAAAUACCUUAGCAUUCAUACAGUAAAUCAAGAAUUUAAAAUAUUUUUUUCUCGUUUUAAACAUAAACUCGCCUAAUUUUUACACUUUUUUUUUUUUUUUUUUUUUUU